AUGACUAUCAGCUAUGACAAGGAGCUCUGUGCUCCCCACUUGCUGUCAAAGGAUGAGCUUGCGUCGCAAGUCCGACGCUAUGUCGAGACGUUUAAUCUGAAUAUCAUCACAUCGGCGGAAAUAAAGUCCACUCAAUAUGAUAUGUCGACCGAGCGCUGGGAUAUUGAGAUUGAUACUCCUGCGGGAAAGCGAAAGAUCUCUUCCAAGCAGCUUGUUCUAGCAACAGGCUUCGGAUCGCAAAAGCCCAACAUGCCGUAUAUUCCAGGAAAGAAACUUUAUAAGGGCACGAGUAUUCACUCCGCCCAGUUUAAGAGUGGAAUGGACUUAAAUGACAAGGGUAUCAAGUCUGUCGUCGUCAUCGGAUCUGCGAACACGGCAUUUGAUGUUUUAGAGGACUGCCAUGCAGCAGGGCUCCAGUCAACGAUGAACGUUCGAACACCGACUUAUAUGGUUCCGUUACAAUAUGUUUGCCACAAGAUGAGUCUCGGCGCUUAUGACGCUGGCGUGGAAGCAUCGGACAAUCGUUUCCUGUUGCUCCCCACGGUUGUAGAUGGACAGCUUGCCCGCAACCUUUUCAGAUUAUUCGCAUCCCAAGAACCCAAUCGAUAUGAAGCAUUGAAGACAGCUGGCUUCCCGGCUCUUGACAGCAGUGAUCCGAGUCAAGCGCUUAUGCAUAACCUUCUCGAGCGAGCUGGUGGACACUAUGUAGAUGUUGGUGGCACCAAGCUGAUCGAGGACGGGAAGAUUGUGGUAAAAGCUAAUGUUGAGCCUGUCGCGUACACAGCGACUGGCCUCCAGUUCUCUGACGGGAGUGUUAUCGAGUCUGAUGCGAUCGUGUGGUGUACUGGAUUCGCAGAUGGGAAUUUGCGUCAGACAGGUGCGGAGAUCCUGGGUGCUGGGGCUUCAAAGGUCGAAGGCAAGAAAGUACUUGGGCCAGAAGAGAUUGUCGCACGUCUUGAGGUGACAUGGGGAGUCGAUGCUGAAGGUGAAAUCCGGGGAUGUGGAAGCGUAACCCGCGCCUGGACAAUUUUUGGGUAA